AUGAAAGCCUUGUUCAAGUCGAAGCCCAAGACACCCGCAGAUUUGGUUAGGCAGACCCGCGAUCUACUCAUCUUGGCCGACGGCGUCGCUCCCGACACUAAGGAGAGCAAGCGCGAUGACAAGAUGAUGGAGUUGGGAAAGCUUAUCCGAGAAUUAAAGCAAGUUCUUUAUGGGGAUAGUGAAUCUGAGCCCGUGGCAGAAGCCUGUGCACAGCUGACACAGGAGUUCUUCAGAGAGAAUACUCUUCGGCUGCUAAUUAUAUGUCUUCCAAAGUUGAACUUAGAGACACGAAAAGAUGCUACACAGGUUGUUGCAAACCUGCAGAGACAACAGGUUCAAUCGAGGUUGAUCGCUUGUGAUUACUUGGAAAAGAACAUAGACCUCCUGGAUAUCUUGAUAUCAGGUUAUGAGAAUAAUGAACUGGCAUUACACUAUGGUGCAAUGCUGAGGGAAUGCAUACGCCACCAAAGUGUUGCACGGUAUGUACUGGAAUCAGAGCACAUGAAGAAAUUUUUUGAUUAUAUACAACUCCCAAAUUUUGACAUUGCUUCCGAUGCUGCUGCCACUUUCAAGGAACUAUUGACUCGGCAUAAAUCAACAGUAGCUGAAUUCCUUUCCAAAAACUACGACUGGUUCUUUGCAGAAUAUAACUCCAAGUUGCUUGAAUCUGCUAAUUAUAUCACCAGAAGGCAGGCUAUCAAGUUAUUGGGUGAUAUUUUGCUCGACCGUUCAAAUUCAGCCGUGAUGACUAAAUAUGUUUGUUCAAGGGACAACUUGAGGAUCCUCAUGAAUCUUCUUCGGGAAUCUAGCAAGAGUAUACAGAUUGAAGCUUUUCAUGUUUUUAAGCUAUUCGCUGCUAAUCAGAACAAACCCCCUGAUAUCGUUAGUAUUCUCAUCGCUAACCGAAACAAGCUUUUACGCCUCUUUGCUGAUUUCAAAACCGAGAAAGAGGAUGAACAGUUUGAGGCUGAUAAAGCACAAGUAGUUAAAGAAAUUGCGGCACUAGAGCCUGGAGAAUAG